CUAGUUUUGAGGAAUCGGCCUUGUCUAAGUUAUGUUGUGGUCAUUAUCAUCUAUUGAAAGCACUAAGUAUUGACGGUUAGGAUUACGUUUUCUUCAGAUGGCUUUAAAGGAGCAGCUAGAUAAAUUCAACAAACAGCAAGUGAAAUGCCAAUCUACGCUAUCGAGCAUUGCUUCUUCGAGAGAAAGAUCGGGGUCUUCGAGGCAGUCUGUCCCUCUACCGGCUGCAAUCACUCAGAAGAAGCCUGAUGCAGCUCCUGUCAAGUUUUCAAACGAUACCGAGCGACUUCAGAAUAUUAACAAUAUUAGAAAAGCUCCUGUUGGAGCUCAAAUCAAGCGUGUCAUUGAUCUUCUCUUUGAGAAAAGGCUAGCCUUAACACCAGAGCAAAUAAAUGAAUUGUGUUAUGUUGAUAUGCAUGCCAAUAAGGCUGUUUUUGAUAGUUUGAGGAAGAAUCCGAAAGCGCAUUAUGAUGGAAGAAGGUUCUCGUAUAAGGCUACACACGAUGUCAAGGACAAGAGCCAGCUUCUUUCGUUGGUGAGUAAGUACCCUGAUGGGAUUGCGGUGGUUGAUCUCAAAGACGCUUACCCGAAUGUAAUAGAGGAUUUGAAGGCUCUGAGUGCUUCAGAGGACAUCUGGUUGCUAUCAAAUUCACAAGAGGACAUUGCGUACCCAAAUAAUUUCAAGUGUGAGAUUAAGGUUGAUGACGAAUUUAAAGCUCUAUUCCGUGACAUAGACAUCCCGAGCGACAUGCUGGACUGUGGAGAAGGAGCUACUGAAGAUCGGUUUAAAGCCGGCGACAAACACUGCAGAGAGGAGAGCUGCUGCACAGACCCAUGGCAUAUCGAAUAAACCGAAGGAUAAGAAGAAGAAGAAACAAGAGAUCAGCAAGAGAACCAAACUCACCAAUGCCCAUCUACCCGAGCUUUUCCAGAGCCUUAAUGCCAGCAGUUCCCGGAACUGAACCUCAUAAAUGGAUGAUCAUGCG